AUGACUCACGCUUUCUCAGGUCGAGGCGCCGAUCCUUUCCAGAUCGCACUGAUUGUCUGGCUGUUCCAGUUGCCCCAGGAUCAAAUGACUUGCGGUACGAUUAGCGUCCACUCUCCGACUAAAUACAGAAUCCUCUGCGAGGUGGUUGCUGGGUUGGUGGAGAUGGCGUGGCACCAGACAGACAGUGUCACGCUGCAGGGAGCUUCUGAUAGGGGAAGAUCUGAGUGGGUGAAAAGCGAAGAGCUCACUGCUGAUUCAAAUCCGGACGGGAGCAAUAGGCCUACGGGACUUCUUGUUCACACGGGGAGUCCCGGAGGUUCUGACGCCUGCCUGCGAGUGUGGCGAGGGACGAGAGACUGCCGAACACCUAGUAGUGUGGUGUUUGGCCCCACCGUUGGCUCGAAGAUGGGAGAGGACUGGAAUUCGGACACGACGGGACUUUUACUCUGUUCUACACGGUAUCAAUCCCACGACUGCACGGCUUGCGAGGAGGAUCCUCGACUGGCUGAUGGACACGGGGAAGCUGCCGAUGUACAGCUUAGCCAGGAGGCUCGAGCUGGAAACGGCGGCCUGAAGCGCCCCCGUUCGGAGGCCAGGAGGCCUCCUCUCUUUGUAUAUGUAGGCUCACUAAAACGCAUCGCUCCUUGA